AUGUUCAUUGUCCAGGUCGCGGCCGACAUCUUCGGCAAUAAACUCAACUUCGAGCUCGGCUUCCCCAGUCGUCCCAGUCUGCAGGAGAUCACUCGCGUCUCUGAGAACGCCUUCUCGACGGAGAUAGCCAACACACGGCCAGACAGCGUGCCCCAGCACACGUUCCACAUCUCGAAGAUCAAAGUUUACGACGAGGACAAGAGCAAGUGGGUGGACCUUCUGGGCGAGGGUCAGCUGACGGACUACUGCCAGCUCUACGCCUUCCAGCCAGAGAAUCCAUGGCACAAGGAAACGCAGAAGCCGAUUCCUCCGGCGACAAAGCCGCCAACGGCUACGACCGCACUGAGUCGCAGUGCCGCCGUCAGCAACACGCCGUCCGGCAGCCGCGCCGUCGCGUCCACCUCCAACGCCUUGGCGCCCUACACCGGCGGCCGCAGCGAGCCGACGACGUUGCGGAGGUCUUAUGCAGCCGGGGCCAGCAGCACUGCCCUUGUCCCUCGCGGCAAUGCGGAAGCAUCUCCGGAAGAAAAGCUGCGCGUCGUCUUCUCCGAAUUCGACAACAAGGGCACUCGAAUGUUUGACGUGGAAGACUUCAAGCAGGGUUUCCACAACAUGGGGCUGGACUUCUCCAGCGCAACCGUGGAGGACCUCUUCGAGCGCGCCGAUCUCAACCACGAUCACCGCAUCUCCUACACGGAGUUCGAGCGUUUUGCGCGGCUGUACCCGAUCAUGACAGAUUGCCUGUACUUCCGCUCCAAGGCCUUCUGGGAGGAGGACCAGAUGCGCAAAGAGAUCCAGUCGGAGGUGGAGGCGGCGCACAAGUCGGAGGCCACGCUGGACCAGGCGCAGCGCAGCCUGGAGAACGCUGAGACAGACGUUGCGGACGCGCAGAGCGCCGUGAAAGUCGCCGACGACGACUUGCGGGACCGCACAGAUCGCAUGCGCGACCUUGCUAAAGACAUGGAGGAGGCGCGCAAGGGCAAGGAGCGGAUGAUGCGCGAGAAGAAGGAGCGGGAGCAGGAUCUCGGCGCCAUCAGGGAGCGGGAGAAGGAAGCGCGCAAAGAUUUGCAGGACCUAGCUCGCGACUCCGACAAGCUGGACCGGCGCGCUGCCGCGCUCGUGAGUGACGCCGACGCGGCGGAUGACAAGGUUCGCCAGCUUCAGAAGGCGCUCGAGGAAGCGAAGCGCACCGCUGACCGUGCACACCAGGCGGCCGAGCAGGCGGCGUUGGAGGCUGACCAGGCGAAGGAGCGCGAAAGGGACGCCGCCAUGGAGGCGGAUGCGAUUGCACGCGAAAUCCCGAAGGCCGAGGACGCUGUGCGUCUGGCGGACCGCAACGUGGCAUCGGCGGACCAGGUGCUGCGCGAACUGGACAGUGCCGGCAAGGACAUUGGGCGUCAGGCAGACGAGGCGGCCAGCAGGCGCGACGCUGGUGAGAAGGCUGUGGCCGAGGCACGGGACAAGGUGCUGCAGAAGGUGCGCGAGUUGGAUGCAGCGCGCAGCGCCGUUGCCGAAAAAGACAGAGCCAUCAAACAAAAGGAGGCAGAGCUCGACGAGCACAGACGACAACGAGAGCUUAUCACACAGCACGAGCGGACCCUGAUCGAACAAGAGUUGCGCCUCCGUGAACAGCGCGACAGUCUGGAGCAACGGGAGACGAAACUGAUGUCGGAAGCCAGCAGCUACCUUGGGAACAUGCGCAUCAACCUCGCGACGCGCUCCUACUCGCGCGACCCUGGCGGCUACUGA